CGCUCGCUCCCGGGCCAGUUCGCCUUACGCGCUGGCGUGCGCGCUCCCGCUCUCUCCCCGAGUAGCGCGGCGCGGAGGUAGCACGAGCAGCGCGGGCGGCGGGGCCGGAGUCGGCUGCAGACGGCCAUUGCCAGAGCGAGAGCGCAACGCACGGAGUCCCCCCCGCUUCCCCCGGGCCACUCAGGCGGACGGUGAGGAGGGUGGCGAGGCCCCUCCGGACAGCGGCGGCGCGCCGGGGGAAGGCAGAUGCCCUCGGCUACCAACAGCACUAUGGCGAGCAGCAGCGGGAAAGCGGGCCCGGGCGGUGAGGCUGCUCCGGCGGCAGCGGCGGCCGCCCCGCAGGCAUCGGGUGGCAGCAUCACCUCGGUGCAAACCGAGGCCAUGAAGCAGAUCCUGGGAGUGAUCGACAAAAAGCUGCGCAACCUGGAGAAGAAAAAGAGCAAACUUGAUGAUUACCAGGAACGAAUGAACAAGGGAGAACGUCUGAAUCAAGAUCAACUGGAUGCUGUGUCAAAAUACCAGGAAGUGACAAAUAAUCUGGAAUUCGCUAAAGAACUGCAGAGGAGUUUUAUGGCUCUGAGUCAAGAUAUCCAGAAAACAAUAAAGAAGACAGCUCGCAGGGAGCAACUGAUGAGAGAAGAGGCUGAGCAGAAGCGUUUAAAGACUGUGCUAGAGCUACAGUUCAUCUUGGAAAAGCUGGGUGACGACGAAGUGCGCAACGACUUGAAACAAGGAUCAAGUGGAGUACCAGUGCUGACAGAGGAGGAACUGACAAUGCUGGAUGAGUUUUACAAACUAGUUUACCCUGAACGAGACAUGAACAUGAGGUUGAACGAACAGUAUGAGCAAGCAUCUGUUCACCUGUGGGACUUACUGGAAGGAAAAGAAAAACCAAUUUGUGGCACAACCUAUAAAGCACUGAAGGAGAUUGUUGAACGUAUUCUUCAAACUAGUUACUUCGAUAGCACCCAUAACCAUCAGAAUGGACUAUGUGAGGAAGAGGAGACAGCACCCACACCUGCAGUAGAAGACACUGUAGCAGAAGCUGAACCUGAUCCAGCAGAAGAAUUUACUGAACCAACUGAAGUUGAAUCAACUGAGUAUGUAAACAGACAAUUCAUGGCAGAGACUCAGUUCAGCAGUAGUGAGAAGGAACAGGUAGAUGAGUGGACAGUUGAAACGGUUGAGGUUGUAAAUUCGCUGCAGCAACAGACACAAGCUACAUCUCCUCCAGUUCCUGAACCUCACACACUCACUACUGUGGCUCAAGCAGAUCCUCUUGUUAGAAGACAGCGAGUACAGGACCUUAUGGCACAGAUGCAGGGCCCAUAUAACUUCAUGCAGGACUCUAUGCUGGAAUUUGAGAACCAAACACUUGAUCCUGCCAUUGUAUCUGCACAGCCCAUGAAUCCAGCACAGAAUUUGGACAUGCCACAAAUGGUUUGCCCUCCAGUUCAUGCUGAGUCAAGACUUGCCCAGCCUAAUCCAGUUCCUGUGCAACCAGAAGCUACACAGGUUCCCUUGGUUUCUUCUACAAGUGAGGGAUAUACAGCCUCCCAACCCAUGUAUCAGCCUUCUCACACAACAGAGCAACGGCCACAGAAAGAAUCAAUUGACCAGAUUCAGGCUUCAAUGUCACUGAAUGCAGACCAGACCCCAUCCUCAUCAUCUCUUCCCACUGCAUCCCAGCCACAGGUGUUCCAGGCUGGAUCUAGCAAGCCUUUGCAUAGCAGCGGAAUCAACGUUAAUGCAGCCCCAUUCCAAUCCAUGCAAACAGUAUUCAACAUGAAUGCACCUGUUCCUCCUGUUAAUGAGCCAGAAACCCUUAAGCAGCAAAAUCAGUACCAAGCCAGUUACAACCAGAGUUUCUCCAAUCAGCCUCACCCAGUAGAACAAUCAGAUCUUCAGCAAGAACAACUCCAGACAGUGGUUGGUACUUACCAUGGUUCCCCAGACCAGACUCAUCAAGUGGCCAGUAACCACCAGCAACCUCCCCAGCAGAACACUGGAUUUCCACGGAACAGUCAGCCUUACUACAACAGCCGAGGAGUGUCUCGUGGGGGAUCACGCGGCGCUCGUGGCUUAAUGAACGGUUACAGGGGACCUGCAAAUGGAUUUAGAGGAGGAUACGAUGGCUACCGUCCUUCCUUUUCCAACACUCCAAACAGUGGUUACACGCAGCCUCAGUUCAAUGCUCCUCGGGACUACUCAAACUACCAGCGGGAUGGAUACCAACAGAAUUUCAAACGUGGCUCUGGACAGAGUGGACCUCGGGGAGCUCCUAGAGGUCGUGGAGGGCCCCCAAGACCAAACAGAGGAAUGCCUCAAAUGAAUGCUCAGCAAGUGAAUUAAGUUACAUUAAACGCCAAAAACCACACUGGCCAGUGUACUAUACAUGUUACCAGAAGAGUUACUAUCUAUUUGUUCUCCCUUACAGGAAGUUUGUUGUAAAGGGACUAUUUUCAUUACCCAUAAUGACAGGACUACAGUUGCCAGCUUUAUAUUACCUGGAUAUUGAAAGGAACGAAAACGUUUACUCUGCAUGUUCUGUCCUAAGCAUCAUCUUGAGCCUUGCACAUGAGAUUCAGAUUUCUUCACCCUUGCUAAGAGUAAAGCAAAAAAAAAGGCAAUUUUCAGGGUGAUCCAAUCUCCAUGGUUAACUGAAGUGGCAGGAAAAAGCAAAGACUCACUUCUGACGUUUCAAAGCGAUGUAACACAUUUGGAUAAAACCUGCAAAUUCGUAAAGAAUUCACUGUGGUGGCAGUUGACAAAACUCCACAUUCCCACGAAAGGAUGGAAAAGGUGAAGUGUGGCUUGGCACAGCAACUGCAUUUCAGCUUUUUCUUAUUCAAUUGAAGCACUGAAAAGUUUAAAAACAAAAGAUGUGUAGCGAUGCAUAUUUCCCUAAAUAGACAAAUAGGCUUCCAGCCAGUUUUGGUAGAGAAGCAGCACCCUUAGCUGCAGCACUCCUCAGCAGCAGGGCCCUGUCCUGUGGCUAAGGGUUUAAGAUGCUUGCAUAACUGCUAAUGUAAUUGUGUCAUUAUUUUCUUUACUUUUUACAAAGCAAAACCAAACAAAAGCUUGGAUUUGACACCUCAGCCAAAUUUUGCAACAAAGGGGAGACGGAAUCCGGAUGGCCACUGUAUAUUUGAUGUGAAGCAUUUAGGUAUCUCUUUGAAACACUUCUAAAGUUUCUUGGAUAGCAAUGACUUUUGUAAGGAUUGGUAUUCUCUUAUCAUUCCUUAUGACUUGCACAUUGUCUGUCACUAAUACUUGACCUUGCUGUAUUAUCACCUAAAUAACUGAUGCCGGUACUGGUCACAUGUCCUUUUGUCUUUCCUGCAGCCUUGAAGGUUUUAAGAAAUCUCAAAUGCCCGCUGCUGCUGCCCUUUUAAUUGCUAUCUUUUGAAAAGCACCAGUCUGUGUUUGAAUUGAUUUCCCCUUUGAAGGGAAAUGACAGCCAGCAGUUACAGUUCUAAUGGUAUAAGCAAGAAAAAUAAAACAUGUUUCUAAAAAUGGUAUCCUGGAACACUGGUUUUCAACGACUGAGACAAACUUAAUGUGAUGGGGUUGACAUUUCAUAAGGUUUGGGUUUGUGGCUUGGUUAUUUUGCCCUUGCUAGACACUCUUUUUUCCUGACUAGAAGUAAACCCUCCUGUUUUCUCCGAUUUUAUUCCACUAGCUGUGACUUCUGGGAAACUUCUUUCCAUGGACUUUUCUUUUUCAUCAAGGCAGCAAUGUAUAAAAGAAACAGCAUAAGACUAGGAGCUGGAAAAUACCAAGUCUUACUCAAGUUUUAAUUACAUACUUGUGGGAUACUCUUUGCAAAAUCACUUGUGCCUACCUUUUGCGCACAUGCACUCUCUCUGCAGCGGGGAGAAUAUAUUGAUAGCUGCCUCCAUAGAGGUGUUGGUAGUUCUGUUGGAUUCUAUAGCACAUGCAAGAAUAACAGUGCUAUAUAUAUGUUAAGUAUUGCUCAUCAAAUAAUUCCUACCUGUGGAAAGGUGAAAUUUAAGGAACAGCUACGUGUUGUUUAGCUGUUAUGUACAAAACUGAAGGUCGUUUUUUCGCUCAGAGGCUCAUUUCUACUUUGUACCACAACUGAACUUUCAGAACUUGUAGUCAGGUGUUUUGACUUCGUUGUGAAAUAAUCUGAAACUCCUAAGAAAGAAGUGGUAAUCAUCACUUUUCCAUGUUCUGUGUGAAGAGCACAAAUGAGAAAUGUUUGUACUGAGAGAAGUGAUAAGCUCGUGAAGAUGUUACGCACCGGACAUCUUGAACCGAUGCUGAUGGCUGGAAGCAGCAGGUUUAGUCAAGGCCUAGAAACAUUCCAGUAUAACAAUAUCAACUGCAGUCCCGUGAGAAGUUGUUGUUGUGUGUCUUUGGUUUUUUAGGAAGCUAUUACUGAGAUAAUAGUCCCAACUGUUUUUUUUUAACUGGAAAAAAAUAAAAAGACAAACCUUUCAAUGUUGAACUGAUGUAGGAAAACAGUGAAUUCAUUUGAGUUUAAUAUCUUACCCUUUUUUUUGUGCAUCAGGUUGGUAGAACACAAGCUGGGUUUUUUUCCAUUGCACACCAAAUGCUUCUUAAACAGCUAAUUGUAGUUUGACAGUUAAACUUGCAGCAUCCUGAAUGAAAGACCUCUGGAUGGAUGGGAACGUUCCACUUCAGGAAUGGUUUGGGUUUCUUUUUCAACUUAUAAUUUUAUUAAUAAAACAUUGGGUAGUUGAGAGGCCUCUUAAUUGAGGUGCAACUUUGUAAGCCUUUUCAUGUAUGAAAAUGGUCUUUAGAGUAGCUGCUCUGCUGUAAUGCUGAUAGAGGGAGAUGUGUUAUAACCGUCAAAUGAGUACGUGAGAUGUGUUAAGUCUGGGAAUUUGCACUGACUCCUUUAAUCUCAAUACCUGCAUCUAAUAAACAGUAUGCUGAAAAA